ACCGUGAAGUGGGGUAGCCAACACAAAGCAGCUUUCCAGAUAAGUAGGGAUGAUUGCUUGAGUAAGUGCUGAUAUAUUUAAUUAAUCUAGUUUCUCUCGUCCAUUACCAUUUACUACAUAUUAAUAUUAAUAUAUUAUAAUAUAUUUAGAGUAAUCAAAUAAUCCAAAAUAAAAGAAAAAGGAAAAAGAAAAAAAAAGAGGGGGGAAAAAGUACAUUUGUGCAGUAUAAACGCAUACACUGGCGCAUGCCAUCAUACUUGCAAUUACGAAUUAGUGAUCAUUGCUCCUCCGCCUUCUUCCGAUCUCCACCACCUCACCACUCGCCGGAAAAUAAAGAAAAUGGACGAGUCGUGGAGAAUGAGGAUGGGAAUGCCGACAGCGCCGCCGCCACAAACACGGCACAUGCCAGAGUAUGCUGCCCGGAGAUCCACAGAGGACGCCGCCUCCCACCGCCGUAAACCCAUCUCCGACGACCCCUUAAACCCCGAAGACUUCAACGACGUUUUCGGUGGGCCCCCUCGAACCAUUCUCUCCCGCCAGUUCUCCACCGGCUUCUCAAGAUCAUCCUCCUCCUCCACCACUUUCUCCUACGAGGAGAUUUUCCGGCCCUCGGACAAGUCGUCGCCGGCGACCCGGAAGUCCGGCCGGAGCUUGCCGGAGUUCAUGAUCCCGGGUCAAACGAGAAAAACCGAUCACAAUAAUCAGAACAAACGUCAAAACAAAGGGUUUUACAGCGAUAUCUUCGGAUUAGAAGACGAUCAGAGAGUGGUGAGAUCAAGAUCAAGAUCAAAGGCAAGCUCUUCAUCUGUUCUCAGCUCGGAGGAGCUCAGCCCUCUCCGGCCGCCGUUCGACUACGAUGUUUCCUUCUUCGCUUCAAAACUCAGGCCAAUAAAUGUAAGAUCAGAGUGGACAUCAAAAAGAACAGGAAUGGGGCACGAAGAACACCAAAGACAACAACAACAACAUAUGUCGACGCCGCCAUUUGCGGGCAGACAGCCUUUUUACGGUACCACCGAAAACAAUUGCCCUGAUAAUUUGAGGAGCUACCCUUUUGGUCUUAAUCGAAAGAAUUCAUCUCCAGAGACGAUUAGUAUGGAGCCCAUUUCGAACAACAGUUACAGAUUCUCUGCAGAUGACUUGGAACUCGUCAACUCACCUUCGUCGCCCGUUUCUUCGAUUUGCCAAUCUUCCGGAAAAGAACAAAAAGGAUGUUUCCCAAUGGAGGAAGAACAAGAUGAUGAUGACGAUGAUGAUGUCAUGAGCUCGUAUGUAAUUGAGAUCAAUUCUGAUAAUAGGGAAGGCACGUGUGAAUCGAACGGUGUGGAUGAAGCGAUUGCGUGGGCGAGAGAGAAGUUUCAAUCGCAAUAUUCUACUGAAGAUUUGAAAACGAUGGACGGGCAUCGUGUUUCUAUGGGGCAAACAGAGAGUUAUUAUAAUUCAUUGGAUGAACAACGGGAUAAGUGUGCUGCCAAAGAAGAAACGCAGCAAUUUGAAUGCACGCUAGAAACGGAGCUGCAAAUAUUGGACGAGCAGAUAAGGUUGUGGUCAAGUGGCAAGGAAUCCGAUAUCCGAUUGCUUUUAUCUUCUCUGCAUCAAAUUCUAUGGCCGGAGAGUGGAUGGCUGGCUGUGCCACUGUCGUAUAUAAUCGAAAUCUCGCAAGUGAAGAAAGCGUACCAGAAAGCCCGUUUAUGCCUCCACCCCGACAAGCUCCAGCAACGGGGUGCUACUGAACAGCAAAAAUACGUUGCUGAUAAAGCCUUUUAUGUUCUACAGGAUGCUUGGUCUGCAUUUAUCUCCCAAGAUGUGUUCUGAGGAUUAUAAUUUAUUUUCUUUUCUUGCAAGAAGCAGAGUAAAAUAUCCAAAUAUUUGUGAUUAUAUUUGUCUGAGUGUCUUUCUUUGGAUCUUGUUUGUGUUCAACUACUGUAAUAAAUUAAUAAUUCUAUAUUAU